AUGGGCAUGAUCCUGCUCGAAGGCUCCAUGGAGCACAUGUCGCUCCUCCUCGGCGGCUCCGUCUUCAACAACAUCUUUUACCGCCUGAUGGGCGCGAGCGUCGGCAAGAAUGCGUACAUCGAGGGCCGUGCGCUCGAGUAUGACCUCUUAUCUGUCGGCGAGGGCGCGACCGUUGGACGAGAAACAUACCCCCAGUGCCACACCGUCGAGCGGCUUGUGAUACGCAACGCGCCGGUCACGCUCGAGAGCAGUGCGACGAUGCGCUCUCGGUCCGUCAUCAUGCCAGGCGCCACACUCAGCAAGGGCUCGUGCCUGCAAGAGUUCUCCCUCCUACUCAAGGGGGAGGUGACGGGUACAAACGAGGUCUGGUGGGGCAACCCGGCGAGCCGCCGCCCGCCAGGCGUCUAUUCUUCGUUUGAUCUCAACUUGAAGGACGAGCAGUGCGUCAGCUUCUCCAGUCUCGAACUCAUCUGA